GCCUUUUGUGAGGUCAGGCUUAAAAAACAAAACAAAAAAAAAAACGGGAUGGCUUGAUGCCGGCUGUCUAUUUUUAGAGAUGUUGCUUGCGCCUGGUGUUGAGAGGCCUGUCGCUGGUGCAGAAAUAGCUGGUGGAAGGACAACUAUAUUUGGCACUGACGUACUCUGGCCUGCUUUUGAUUUCAGAGCUUGAUUCUAGCCUGCCAACAAGUUUCUGGUGGACCUGGAAUCUCAUGCGCCUUAUAACGUUUGAUUAAACUGCUUUGCCUCCGAACAUUCCUGACAUUUACAGAACGCGCAGCAUCCGCGUGUUCCCUGGCAUUAAGGCGAAGGAAAAAUAUGAUGCGCAAAUUAUAAACAAACAUUCCAGCCUACAUGUACAUCUCUAAACACGCAAAGUAAACAUACAAAUGUGAGAAGUGUGAAAUGGAGGGUUAGACGAUUUUUUAAAAAAACGCAACUGUUACCAUAUGACCUUUGACAUCAACAACUUCCACUUCUGAAUCGGAAUUAAAGAUUUCGUUACUGUCGGUCCUGAAGAGACUUCGAUUGACUUGACUGAAAGCAAGAGGCGACUAUGUAGGGUUAAGGAGAAAGGAAACAUGAUCAAACAUCACAUAGACGAUGACUGCACAGAGUAAAAACAUGGAGCGUGUAGCAACACUACCCCCUCCCUCUGCUGCCGCGCGCAGCUGCUGCUUGCGUCUGUGGUGUGGCGGUGACCCUAGCAGCACGUUACAGCCCGGCGUGACACCGCCAUGGCUCGUGCAGUAUGCACACUCAAGCGUAUCACAACUCAAGAAAACUGUGCACCGGCAGGAAAGGAAACUGUGGGCUAAGACGACAAAGAAUUUUUGUGAGGAUGGUAUUGGGUGAGAGGAGGACUGGCAAGCGCAAAUGUGGCUACCAAGAGGACUGACCCACUACAAACAGUAACAGGAGGGAUUUAGAGUUGAUGGUUUGAUAUAUACCAUUCUAUAUAAUUUAACUUUGGUCAAAGUUGUCAGGAUGUUUUUGUGUUUGUGAUUUUUCCCACUAACCAUCAGGCACAAGAGUUGGUUGUUUUUGUUUUUUUUUUGGGGGGGGGGAAUGCCUAUGUUUACUAAACAUAACUUUAAUAAUAUAUCAUAUAUUAAAUUAACCAUCUCAAGGGUUGUAUGUGUCUACUACAAUAGUGCUAGAAUAGUUGGACACUAUAUAAUCACAAACUUCUAUACACGUCCAUGAUGUAAUAGAGACUUGGUUUAUAAGGUGUGAGAUAUAUAUAUAGUUACAUUACUUGCUAGAGUGUAUAAAAAUGUAUAAAGAUAUUCGAAUAAAAGAUGCGAUUGAUUAGUUCUGGCUUUAUAAAAUGAGGAAAUAUUUUUAAAUAAAAUGACUUACUGCAUUUUAACUGAUUUAAUUGACCUAAAGAAGUGGAUUGCACGUGAAGCCUUCACUAUAUUCGAUCGUGGCACCGUUGGGUAAUCAUACUUGGGAGCAGGUCGAAGGCUGGGCUGCUUGUUGCCUCCCCGAGCCUGCGUACUACGCUCAUCUUCAUAAAACUUGAUAAUGUAUGAUGCUUUUUCUGGCUUCCUCUCUCCAUACGUUAGUACUCAGGGAUGGGAUUGUUUGCGAACAUACCUUCAGCUGCGGCCGCCAUGAUGGCUGUGUUUCUAUCUGACCAGCAAGAGGGAGCCAGCUGAAGAGGCGGUGGUCAUGUGAAAGACGGAGAUAGAGAAUCGGGGGUCCGGCGAAAUGCCAGGUGAGACACUGAUGGACACCAGAGGGGAGUUGUACCAAGCAUAGGCGCUGUGGUAGAUUUAUUCACGGGGUGCCAAGUGGGUCAUCUGCAGGGUGAGGCACUUUUCUUCAAGAAGCGAACCGUACCGUAGCGUCUACUGUCUGUAGUUACUCUCUCCGACAUGAAACUGUGUCGAUGAUGAUCGUGACGUGUCUUUUUAGACGACGACCGAUGUCCAGAGAUCGUUACGACUGACUGUAGGCCAUUGAUUACAAUCCCUCACGUCCUCCCUUACCUUCUCUCGCUUUGUGCCUCGCACACAGUCUACUCAUUCUUGCUUUCCUAUCAUUGCGUUCUUCUCGCGUAGUGCUCGCCGAUGUUGCUCCGUAACCAAAUGGCUGGACUGGCGUUUUAUGACGCAGUCCUGAACAAUGAGCUAGCCCAGCUGAAGCGGCUGGUGGCCCAGUACAAGCUGGACUUGAACGCCAAAUUCCAGCAGGUGCGAAAGAAGAACCACGCCGACCUGUGCCCCAUACACUUGGCAGCCUACAGGGGGUACAACUUUAUGUUACAAUACUUGAUUGAAUCCAAGUGCGACGUCAGCCUUACCACCACAACUCUUAGACGAACUGCGCUGCACUUUGCCGUCCUGCGACAUCGGAUCGGCUGCAUUCUCCUGCUCAUCAAUGCUGGUGCCAAGCUAGACGCAAAGGACACCUUUGGCAAUACACCUUGUCAUUAUGCGGCGGAUGAUGGGCACUGCCAGAUCCUGGAUGUCCUGAUACGUAAAGGUGUCAACGUCAACAGCCAGGACAUCACCUCCAAAACACCCCUUAUGAAGGCUGUGCGCAACAACAAAACAGAUGCUGUCCUGCGGCUGCUACGAGCCAGUGCAGACCUCAACAUCACAGACCGCAACAGUGACAUGGCCUUGCACUAUGCUGCCAGAAAUGGUUGUACAGAUAUCAUUGAUAUUCUUCUGUCAGGGGGCAGCUUGAUAGAUGUGCAGAACUACUGGGGACGCAGCCCACUGAUGGAGGCAGUUUGCUACAACCAUAAGGAAAGUGUCGCCCUCCUCAUCUGUGCGAGCUGUGACCUUAAUCGCCGUGAGUUUAAAACAGGCGAAACAGCACUGCACAUUGCUGUGAAAAGAAAUUAUGUCAGUGUCGUCCAUCUGUUACUGCAAGCAGGCACUCGUCAUGACAUAUACAACCACCAAGGAGAGACAGCUUUCUACGAUGCAGUAGUGAGCAACAAGAUGGAUAUACUGCGAUUGAUGAUUGCAUUCAACUGCAGAUUAGAUGUUCCCCCGAAGUACUUUCCCAACGGUGUAUAUAAAUCCAUUUUCCAACUGGCAGCAGAAAAGGGGCACCUGGAAACCUGUAGACUUCUGGCUGAUCUUGGAUACAUUGAUUACUCUGCCAGGAUAUACUUUUAUGCUAACUACGUGCCAUCACGACCCAGUGAGAAUGAUGAUACACUGACCUGGCUUCGAGGAGCCAUGCAACGUGUAGUUCCGUUGCAGCAGCUUUGUCGUAAGGUGAUUCGAAAGUAUGCUGGUCACGACUUACCUAACAAAGUGGAGUGCCUACCCACGCCUCGUGCCCUGAAGGACUAUGUUCUCAUUAAAGAUGUCCUUGAUCAGACAAAGAUUUCAUAAUAACCCAGAAACUACUUGUGAAGUCAUGUGUGUGAAUGUAUUUUGGUCUCUAUAGAUUGUUUGCAUGUGAUGAAAGGACCAACAUGCCUUGUCUUAAAAUAAUUAGGAAGCCUGCAAAUUUAAAAAAAAAUGUGUUAUUGUUUUUGGAUUUUUAUUAUUUUCUUCUCUUUUUUUUUUUUUUUUUUUUUUACCAGUUUUCAGAAUCAACAUUUUAUUUCAGAAUCUUCCACUAGUCUUCUAUAUAAAUCUUAAAGACAGCAGUAAAUUCCAAGCUUCUUUUUAAUUAUCUCAGUAGCACACCUUUUUUGGGUAGGAGCAAAAAAUGGCUCACCUGGAUUUCCUGGGGCUUAAGAUCGAUUGUAUCUCAGUAUGUGAACUAAAAGUAUGUUCAAUGCAAGGAGAAUAGGAGGGAGAAUAAACAUGAAGGCUCAAAGUCACAAGUGAUGAGGAUAUCAGCCCUAAGAACAGCUAUGAGUAAAGUCUCCAUGCAGUGCAGCAAUCAAACCAACUUUUUGAUCAUCCAGGUUCCCAAAUGCAUAAAGCACUUGGAAGGUGAAUAUAAAAAUUAGAAGUAGCUCGUCCUUCAGUGUAAAUCGGAGCUAUUUUUGUUGAGGAAGACCUUGGUUUAACUGCCCAUCUUUGAAGCAUCUGGGGAAAUUUGCAUUUCUGGGUUUGAAAUAAUGCUAUGAAAUACAAAUACUAAGUGGGGCCACUGAGGGAAGUACUGUGGUCCUUAACUGCAGUAAAGUUGGACCAACAAUGAGAACUUGCCAGGUUGUAUUGUGGGGGGCUGGAUCUAACAACGGUUCUUCCGCUGCACUUAUGCUAGCAGGUUUUGUCUCAGUAAAUCAGAAAGUAUUAAUGUUUUCAUCCAGGAAGUCCUACACAUCUGUCAUUGGCAUCAAAUUUUGUUUGCUCAAAUGAUGUGGCUAUGCCCUUGCUAUGAGAUGGUCAUAGUGUCAUUAAAAGAAAUCUAUAUGAAGUUUUACAUGGAUAAGAUAUCUUUGCUGGUUAUGAAAAUGCUGUUUUGACAUGGGAUUAGUUUUUUUGCCAGAUGUUAGUAAAUUUAAGUUGAAGUUCUCUUUUGAACACAAGGAUGUACAGAGUGAAUGGCUGUGAAAGUCUGAGCUACACACCUGACUGGCCUAGGCAGUAGAGCAGUUACCUGUGAUUUACUUAUCAGUUAAUUGGCAGCAUUUACUUGGCUGUAUAAGAAAGUGUCAUUUGCUGCACAUAUUUUUACUCCCAAGAGUAAAUGCCUUGAUGUGUGUUACCAUGUGGUCAAAAGGCCAUUGAACUGGCAACACUUGGAUGAAGAAGAGAGAAAAGGUAACACUGUGCUGUUCAGGCCAGCCAUCGCUUUAUGUGCACAACCUUGUACAAGACAUAGUCCACUUUCACAAAGCCCCUUUUGUACAUGUUUUGGGGGGAGAUGAAGUAUGGUACUAUUGCUUACAAUGUUUAUUAAUUAAGAAAAAGGCAGAUUUAUCAUGCCGUGACUGCGAAUUACCAGUUAUUUUUUACUGCUGUUGACCUUGUGUUUACACUCAAACACAGGAGAAUAAUCUCAGCCACUAUUACAGGGGACAGCCCAAAACUGGGAAGGAAAAAUACUUAAUUAAAAAAAAAAUUACAUUUAAAUAAACUGUCGCUAUUGUGACACUACUGUGACACUGUAUGUCACUAUUGAUAAAAAAACAAACUUGAUGGCUUUUUUGUACAAGGUUGUGCACAUUUGGAUUGUGAUACAAUAAUAAAUCUUCAACAUGAUGUUGAUAAAUGUAUAAACAUGUAAAAGAGAAAACUCCCUAUUCCAGACCAAACAUUCUGUUGCUUUGAAGAAGGCUUGAAGAGAACAUGAAGAUAUAGAAGGGAUUCAUGUAGAAAAUACCUGUAGAAGUGAUUGCUAAGUAAACUAGUAUUCUUAAAGGCUGAUGCAACUGUAAAAAAAAUUGUUGGGUUUUUUUUUUCAAAUAAGUGGGCUUAGUAUGUUUCAUUAAAAGAUGCUCAUUCCCAAAAUCUUUGUGAAAACUGUUCUGUUCACAAGAUGCAAACCUUUGAACAUUGCAGCAUUAACUUGGAUUUUAGGGAGAGUUAAAGACCAUAUUGUAGUGUCACAAAUGUCAGCUCACUUCACCAUUUAGAAACAUUGAGAAAGAAACAUUUAGGUCAGUUCACGUGCACAUUCAUAAAAUUAAAGUUCACUAUACAUUUUUGCAACAUAAGUUUGUGUUCUGCUGAUUUGUUGGAUUAGCCUUUGAGACACCAUAGUGUCUGUCUGGCAUACCUAUGCUUAAUGAAAUAAAGCAGCAGAAGAAGGUCAAAGCUAGCAAAACAAAAAGUUGAAGCAGAACAAGAGGUAGAUCAAUCAGGAUUCAAUGAAAAUUAGGAUUAUUUUUUUAAUUGAAAUAUAUCAUUAGAUAUUCACCAUAAUAAAUAAUAUUUUCAGAGAGUGGCAUAAUAUGUUUAUACAAAAUUAUGUUUAUGUAAAUAUCACAAACUAGUAGCAUUAACAGCACAUAUAUUUAGUACAUUUAAUAAAAUUAUAAUUAUUAAUCACAUUCCAGCAAUCAAGUUAAAGAUGCAUAAUCUGAUAGCCUUCAUCAACUCGUUCUUAAGACUGUAUAAAGGAAAAUGUUACAGGUUUUUUUUAGCUUUGGUGUAGGGAGGUUUUCCACUUCAAAAUAACGGGUGUCAUUGUUUAUUUUUUUUCUUCUCAUUGAUUGUUAUUCAGACUUUGUGCAUGCUUGAUCCAUUUAAAUGUUCAUAAGAUGUGCAUGAUUAUAUUUUCUGCAAAAUUUCUUAUUAGAAGAAGUUACUGUUUCUUCUUCCAGAAUUUACAUUGAAAAAUACACUGGAUUUUCUACAAUGUGAUCUUUGUUGUCUAAGCUUAAAUAUGUUAAUCAGUUUGCUGUUGACAAUGUUUGAUAAAUGAAUAAAAUUAGUUGUUAAGGAGAGAAGUUUCAGCAGCAAUGUAGUGAUAGAAAUGUGAAAUUUAGUCUUGUUAAAACUGUGUGGUGUUUGUUUCAGUGUGCUGUAAUGUUUAAACAAAAAUGGAAACGGCCAUUGUGCAGUUUUUAACAUUUUCUGUAAUAUCAUAUGUAAAUAUCAGAACAUUUUUAUUGUAAAUAAGGGUACAUAAAAUGCGGUUUUAUUUCUUUUGUUGUUUUUGGCUUCAGAAAUGUCCAUCUGUAUCCCUCCAAGAUAUACCACAAAAAUUUUUUGCAUUUUUGUUGAUCUCAUCUUGGACUGGAUGCUUGGAAUUUCGUUCAUUACUGCUUCUUUUUUUUUUAAAAAUCCAUCUGGACAGUAGCCAAAUACCUAUGUGUACAUAGUACACAGCAUUUUCGUUGUUUAUGAGUUUAGACAUCUCAUGCUAUGUCUAACUACAAAUGCCUGUAGAUCAUUUAUUACUCAUAAAUGUGGAUUAUAAUCUAUACCAUUACUCAAUCUAGAUCAGGUACAUACACUUGCAUGUGAGAGUGUGUGCUUUUGUCUACACAAACAUUAAAAUUAGAGAUUAAACAAAAAAAAAAAAAUACUGGCAUGUGCACCUACUGACACACACAUGCAAGUUAAUGCCCACGAGCACACACACUUGAUCUCUUCUACUCUCACAUCAUGAGUGAUAAUUUGUUACAGUGUACUGUUUUCAUAAUAAUUUAUAUAAAAAUCUUAAUGUAGUAGUGAUGUUUUAUUGCAAAAUACUCCCUUAAGUGUGCCUUUUCACUUAAAUUGCACAUUUAUGUGAGUCUUUUUGCAAAUGUAUUUGCUUACUUUCUGAUUUUAAAAAUGUUUUCUCUCCAGACAUGCCUAAAUACUGUUGCUAUUUAAAGUAUAUAUUUGCCUCUCUUUCUAGCAUAAACAUUUACACAUAUAUGAAUCUGUGCAUGCAUGUUUACUCUCUCACCAUGGACAUGUAAUACAAGUUCAUGCUCUCACGUAAUAACAGCCAGGGGAAAUAAUAUGAUUAAUAUAAUUUGCAUGAUGACUAUAUGCGAACAACAGUUAAAGUUAUGUCUGUCAGGCCUGUAUUGAGUUAUACAUAGUUCUUUAACGCAACGAAUGGACACCACUCAAGCAUGACAUAUCUCUCUGUCAAACCGUAUGGAAGCUUGUUCUAUGUUCUGUUUUGAUGUUCAUGCUGUGAGUUUUAAACUGCACUCAUUAUGUUAAAACGUAGAUUUUUAUUAAAACUUAAUUUCAGGGGAAACUUGAAGAGGUUGUUUUUUUUUAAGUUUUACAGUAACUUUAUAAAUGUUGAAUUAAGUUCUAGAUAAGCAACCUCAAUCUGUUGAGUUCAUAAGAGGAGGUGUAGUCUCCCUUGUUCAGUCACAGGUAAUUGAAAGAGAAUACAAAGGGAGAAAAACCAUGGAAAAAGGAGUAUGACAAAAAUAAGCAUAGAUGAGCGCAUUUAUGUUUUUAUCAUUGUGUGAAGACUAGAAUCAUAAAAACUAAAAACUGUCCCAAUCAGUCAUUAUACUUAUCAAAACAAUUUCCCCCUACAUGUUCUCACAAUUAGAUAAGGUAAUAAACAACAAUGGCCAGAACUUACAAGCUUUGACACCUUUAUAACUGAGCAUAUACAUUGUGUACUAUAUGCAACAUAAACUUUCAAAAAUAUGCUAUCUUCAUUGAUGUAUUUUUAAAAUUUUGAAAUGGUGAGGUCCUCCUCCACUUAAAUCAAGACACGAACUGAAAGUAAACAAGCACACGCUUUUUGUUGUUCUGUAAGUCUGGUUUAAUUUUUCUCACUCUUGUUUAGUUUCAAGUUUUAUUAGAUGAAAAAAAAAAAAGAAAACAUUUGAAAACAUUAUUAAAUACUGUUUCAGGCAUUGUAAUUGUUUAUAUGGAAGGUAGUGAAGUUGUGAUAUUAAUUCUGCGACAGGCAAGUAUUGUUUUUUGUUUGGCUACAUACACAUGCAUAGGUGUGCAUUCACACACUCACAGUGUACCUGCCAAAAAAGGGCUGAACUUUUCAGGGCUUUUUAAACUAUUUAAGGUUGUCUUCAUUUUUAUGGUAUCUCUGUUGCACAUUAUUUGUGAAUGACCACACUGAGUUCUAAGCAAUGUCUUGAUCUCUAGGUUUGACAGCUAUAUCUUAUUUAGAUGGUUACAUUGUUAUGUAUGAGCUUUUGUAGUUGUUUAUACAUUGCAUUUGUAAAGUCAGGCAAAAAAUAUUCUCCAACUUGGACAAAAGGGCAUCACACAUCUAUGAUGGCAACUUUGUUUUUAAUGUUUUAUUAAAAGAUAUUUCAACCACUAAACUAAUCGGAGGGCUAUUCUUGUGUCUGAAACACUAAAUAGUUACAAUCCUCAAGUAAUAAUUACUUGUCACAUUUUUGGUGUAUGUCUUUAAUAUGUAUAUUUGACAGUUUCAAGCCAGGAAGAAUGUGGUCCGUCAUAAUUUAAGUUUUUUUUAUAAAAGAAAUGAUGGUGUGUUUAUGAUCACUUUUGAAAGAUUUAUGCAGUCAUUCCCAUAUUAUAAGACAUAUAAUGGCCCAUGGCAGAGUCCAUAUUUUCUAAUGUAUGGCUGCUGUUUAAGAAACUACUCAUCUCUCUCUUACCUCUGUUAAAAACACACAGAAAUUGGAUUUUACACAAACAUUGAUUUCAGGCUGCAUGCCUAUACUUAACUGACAUUGUUUGGAAAUCAUGCCUUUUUUUCUUUUUGCUUGAAGGUAAAGGCAAGUGAAAUAGUUGCUGAUAUUCUGCUUCCUUUCAAUCAUGAUGUGGAAGGCUUCCUUUAACAAUUAAGCAAUGUACAUGUUAAAACACACACACAUGUACAUUUACAGCUUAAGCUUGAUGCUGAUUUAAAAAAAAACUGUGGUUAAGACAAGAAAAGUUGAACAAUUUAGUCAGUCAUAUAUUUGAGAAAAAAAAAAAAUUUUAAAACCCCAAAUUUGAGCACACACUACCUUUUAAGCCUAAUUAGUUAACUUGCUAUUUUACUUGCCAUUCCCUUUAACUGGAAUUGUUUAGAAAUGUCUGUCCUGUAGUGACAGAGAUGAUAUCUUAUUUAAUCCCUUUUUAUGUGUAUUGUUGUUUAAAGGCUGAGACUUAAAGCAUGAUUUGGAAUGGGAAAAUGACUUAAUUGAUGCAUGCAGACAAUAACUUUAUAUAUAUAUGUAGACCUUUGUGUUGAUGGUUAACACUCCUUCACUGUUUAGAUGAAACAAACACUUUUGAUUAUUUGUUUUCUGUUCAGAGAGAAGUAUUGACAGGAAACCUGGUUAAGUAUAGCACCACACGAAGACAUGUAAAUGUUUUCAUGUUAUCACGUGUAUUAUAUAGUUCAACCAAGAGACACGCAGGUUCCACACACUUGUGGUGCAGCAAAUAGCCCCUAGUCAAUCCAGCUGUCAGGAAUGGGUGGCUGAUCCCUUAGGCGUUUGGGGAAGGUAAGGUAGUGAGGGAGAUGAAAUGGGCACCACCCUCACAAAAAGGAGGCCCAAGAAAAUUGAGGUUACUUACUCCCCAAUAACCUAAAAGAGGUUAUAGGAGACAACCUUUGUCUUACUACACAGCUGUCUUGAAAAUGUUGGCUUAAUACCUCCCCCCUAACCCCUCAUCACAUACAAACAUGCAAGCAUAUAUUCAACAAGAAACCAUAAUGUUGUCAACAUGUAAUAUUAAUAUAUAUUUUUUUAAAUUAAGCUGAAAUAAGCUUGCACAAGAUUUUGAUAUUUAAAAGAGAAGAGGCAAGGAAUGAGACAAAAAAAGAAGAGAAAGAAAGCAAGAACUGAGAUGUGAAACAACCAAUUAAUACAGUAACUGAUCAACAAUAUUGCUCUUCAUAAGUAUGCUGCCAUAACCUGACCUUAGUGGCAUUUUACAAAUCCAUAACCCUUUAUCAGUUUCAUAAAUUAGUAUUGUUUCAUAUGUGGAUUGUCACACAAUUAUAGUGAAGAGUUUUGGUGAUGCCAAAGACUAUAAAGUUUGUUUUGAUAAAAAUAUUUUGUUGAUUUAAAUGUACAGUAUUUAUAUGCACUAAGUUGGCAUCUAGAAAAAGAGAUUUCUGACAUUCAUUCUUUUAUUCUGUUAUUAAUUUACCAGGAAUUUCUCACAAACUUUUUAUACAUGACUGAGCACAGCAGAUGAGCAAGGAAGGAUACUGAUAAAUAAACUUAAUAAGAAGCAAUUCAGAUAAUAACUUAAGAUUUUUUUUAAAUUAUACUAAAAUAUUGAAGUUCUGAUGUGUUGUAUGAUUCUUGCACAUUUAUUUUUUCAUAGUUGACUGCCUACUAACAUAUAUGGUGUUUAAUAAUUAAAGACUGUCUAAAUUUGAAAGACAUUAAAUAAUAUAACUGCAAAGGGUUGUGUUUUUUUCCUAAACUGAAAUUUUGUGUUCAAAACCAAAUAAGGCAUGGCUGACAGCAAAGGUUAUUAUGUACAAUGAUUUAUCUGGACAUCUCAGGUUGUGAAAAUAGAUAAUGGCAGAAAGGUAACUGUCACAUCAACCAUGUUGAUGAUCUGUUAAUAGACCACAAAAAAUGUACUUUAUUUAUUAUUAAAUUUUAAACAAAUAUUGAUUGCUUAGAAGCAUAUACUUUACUAUAUGAAAAGCACCCCAUGCCCCAAAUCUGGGGUCAUGUAAGAAAUGAAGUAGAUGAGCAAAAGGACAAGAAAAUCCAAAAUUUUAAAAUGAUGUAGCAUUAUAAUUAAAAUGUCUGGUACUGGGAACACAAAUGCAAUUUAGUCAUUCAAACUCCCAACUUUCCCCUCUUGUUUUGUAAAAGUUUUAUUUUCAAUCUUUCAGAGCUUAAUUUUCAUGCAGGAGAAAAGGUUUUAAAAAGCAACAUUACAAUCAUUAAAACAUAAUUUACCUAAAAUACCUAAAAUUAAAGCUCUAAAUAAUUCCUGUUCAUAUUAUAUAAACCAAAGCAGAAGUGAAAAUGAUCAGAAGAUUCUACAGUAUUUAUAGUGUCUGGUCAUUGUACUUUGUUAAAAGUGUUAGAAAGAAAAUGGUUAACAGCUGCACAUGUAGGCAAUGGCCAAUAAAAUCUUUAAAAUCAAGAAUUCUUCAAUAUGAAGUAGACAUAUUUCGAUAUGUUUGUGUUUCUAUUUAAAGCUAAGAAAUUCCUGUUGCAUGCAUUAAGUCACCAUGACCAAUGAUUUCUAUUACAUCUAUGUCUAUACUAAGUAUAAAUCAAAGAAAAAUUAUACUGUAACUUUGCAAGAUUGAAUGAAGAGUUGAUAAAUCAUUAAUGUCUUUUUUAAUUUUUCCAGGUUUGUUGUUAAUAGUUUUAUAAAAUAUUUUUUAAAAUGUCAGUUUUAGUUGGCUUAGCAUUAACUCUUAUUAUUCCCACCACCUCUUUUUGAGCUUUUUUUAAAAUUUUUGCUUUUGAAGACUAAUUCAAAAAUGUUAUUAUUUAUGCUAUUGAGACUGAGGAUAGGGUAAUAAUUCAUCACUGGUGAACAUUUUCUGUCUUCUUUAUAUAAUGCUUUUAUAACUGUAAGUGAAAUAAGCAGUUCUUGCUAAGUAUCAACAGCAUAGUUGUUGAUAUGUUUGGACAUAAUUGAAAACUUUUGCUCAGACAGGCGUCCAUUGUUUCUAUGCAUGAUGCCUAAACUCUGCAAUCAGAGGACAGCCAAAUAAAUUCUCCUAGACAUA